GUUCACGGCUCUUGGCUCCUGCCCACCCCACCCCCGGGACCAUGGCUCCACCCAAGGACAUCAGGGGCUUGCUGGGGCCCUUUCUAUUGCUGCUGUUGCUGCUGCCCCAGGGCCCCAGCCUCACCAUCCCCAAGGAGUCCUGGCUGGUCUUGGGGUCCUAACACCCUCAUUUGUCUUGGAAUGGUACAGUGUGGCUGGCCCUGGAAGCCUAAUGCUCCUCUUUGCGACAAGAGGCCAAAUUUGCUGCAACCUCCUGAGCUGAUGGAGGAGCCCCCUGAACGCGUCGUUGUCUUCCCCAGUGAUGAUGUUGUCCUCAAGUGUGAGGCCACUGGCAACCCACCUGUCACUUUCCGAUGGACACGGGAUGGGCAGCUGUUUGAGCCAGGCCAGGAACCAGGGACAUCACUGGUGCCGGACACAGGGACGCUACUCAUCAAUGGGACGCAGGCGCCACGUUACCAGGGCGUCUUCCGCUGCCUCGCAGACAACAGGCUUGGUACUGCCCUCAGCCGCCAGGCCCGGCUCAUCGCUGAGAGCACCCCACAGUGGCCCAAGGAGAAGGUGACCCCUGUGGAGGUGGAGGAGGGGGCAUCCGUGGUGCUGCCCUGUGACCCUCCUCCCAGUGCUGUCCUCCCCCGUAUCUACUGGCUCAACAGCCGCAUCAUGCAUAUUGCUCAGGAUGCACGGGUGAACAUGGGCCAGGAUGGCUACCUCUACUUCGCCCACGCAGUGCCUAGUGACAGCCACCCUGACUAUAUCUGCCACGCUCACUUUCUGAGCCCCCGCACCAUUAUCCAGAAGGAGCCCAUCACCCUGCGUGUCACCCCCAGCAAUGCCCUGAAGCACCGUCCCCCGCAGCUGCUGGUGCCGCGUGGUGAGAGCUCGGCUUAUGUGGCGCUGCAGGGGGGCACCCUGCUCCUUGAGUGUAUUCCUGAGGGCUUCCCAACGCCGACAGUGGAGUGGCUGCGUCUGAAUGGGCCCCUCCCGGCUGAGCGCGUCUCCCUUGAGAACUUCCAGCGGACACUGCAGAUCCAGGCGGUGGCUGAGGAGGAUGACGGCGAGUAUCAGUGUGUGGCCAGGAACAGCCAGGGCAGCACUCGGCACACGUUCAGCGUUACUGUCGAAGCGGCUCCAUACUGGGUCCGGCGCCCCCAGAGCGGGAUCUAUGCCCCAGGGGAGAACGUGCGCCUGGUCUGUGAUGUCUAUGGGAAACCCAAGCCCCAGGUCACUUGGCGCAUGAAUGGGAUCCCCUUGGAAGAAGUGGACGCAGACCUCCGGCGGACUGUGCGGGGUGGGACACUGAUCCUGGCACAGGUGGAGCCCAACGACACGCAGGUGAUGCAGUGUGAGGCUGGGAACCGCCAUGGCCGCCUGCUGGCCAACGCCUAUGUGCAUGUGCUUGAGCUGCCGGCCCAGAUCCUGACGACUGAUGGGCUCCAGUACACGGUGGUGGAGAACAGCAGCGCCUGGCUGCACUGCCACCCCUUUGGCGCCCCAGCGCCUGCCCUUACCUGGCUGACAGAGGCGCAGGCACCAGCACUGGGUUUGGACCGGGCCUUCAUCUUCACCAAUGGGACCUUGUGGUUGAGCAGCGCCCAACUCAGUGACACUGGCACCUACACAUGCCACGCCCACAACACCCAUGGCAACACCUCCAUCACCGCCCACCUUGCUGUUAAGGUGGCCACAAGAGUGGAGCUGACCCCCCGCAGUGCUACGGUGAAGAAGGGGGAGACGGUGACGUUUGUCUGCAGGGCCUGGGCUGACCCCUCCCUGUCCCCUGCCACCUUGUCAUGGGACCGGGAUGGGCAGCCACUGAGGGAGACCCCUGACAGUGACAGGCUGGUGCUGGAACCUCAAGGCGCAGGUACCGGGGUGCUCACAGUGGCUGGUGCCGACUAUUGGGACCAGGGCCGGCUGCGAUGCCAGGCACACACAGAACUGGAUGUCGUGGAGGCUGAAGCCAUGCUACGGGUCGUGGGACGGCCAGGGCCAGUGUCGGAGCUGCAGGUGUCAGAGCUGGAGGCCGGGCGCUGGGUGACACUGAGCUGGACUCCAGGGGAUGAGCACAACAGCCCUGUGGAGAAGUUCGUGGUGGAGCUAGAGGAGCAGAUGUUCUCACCAGGGCAGUGGCGGGAGGCAGCCGUGGUGCCCCCGGUGCCCCCGCAGACCCGUCUGGCACUGUCUCCCCAUGGCCGCUACCGCCUGCGUGUGCUAGGUGCCAAUGCUUAUGGCCGUGGAGAUCCUGGCACCCCCAGCACCCCCAUCACCACCCCUCCUGCUGCACCUGACCGGUUCCCAGCUGGGCUGCACGGUGAAGGCAACCAAACUGACAACAUGAUCAUUACCUGGGAGCCGCUGCCCCCUGAGGACUGGAAUGCCCCUGAGCUGAGCUACCGUGUGCAGUGGAGACCAGCAGGCGAUGGGGGGCUCUGGGCUGAAGCCAUGGUGACAGCCCCCCCGGUGGUGGUGACCCCCACACCGACCUUCACCCCGUAUGACCUCCGCCUCCAAGCCCUGAACCCUGCCGGGAAGGGGCCCGAAACACCCCCCACCCUCGGCUACUCAGGAGAGGAUGUGCCCCUUGCGUACCCUGAAAAUGUGGGCAUCGAGCUCAUCAACAGCACCAGCGUCCUUGUGUCCUGGAUCUUGUCCAGCCAUGAGGGGCUGCGAGGUCACCUGCACGGCUACUGGGUGCAGUACUGGCGUGAGGGGACAGCGGUGAACCAGGGGCACAGGGAGACCUCUCCACGGGCCUCGGAGCAGGAGUUGGAGGCCAGAGAGAAGCUGGAAAUGAGGGUGCUGGGGCGUGCGACGCAGGCAGUGCUGGGAGGGCUGCGGCCCUGGUCUCACUAUGUUGUAGCCGUCGCCGUCUUAAAUGGACGUGGGGCUGGGCCCUUCAGUGAGGAGAUGCACUUCAACACCCCAGAGGGAGUCCCAGGCCCCCCAACCUGGCUGCGGCUGCAGCGUGUGUCAGACUCGGAGCUGGCACUGUCCUGGGCCCCCCCACGGCACCCCAACGGCCUGCUCACUGCCUACGAGCUGCACUACAGGCCUGUGUCAUCCCCUGCCAACGCCUCGGCCCCAGUAGCUGUAUCGUUCCUGCCCGAGCAACUCAACGUCACCCUGCAGCUCCCGGCACCGCAAGCCCACUUCCGAUUCGCACUGCGGGCUUGUACCCGUGCUGGCCCUGGAGAACCCGUGGUGCGCCUUGGUAGUACUGCCCCUGAGCCGGUGCUACCCAACCUGGACAAUGUGAGUGUGGUACAGGUGGGCAACGACUUCUCGGUACUGAGCUGGACGCCCAGCGGAGCCCAGCGCAAUGUGGAGUUUGAGGUCCAGUUCCAGGCCAAGACCACUGCAGAGACCUGGCAGGAGCACUGGGAGGUCUCAGGACGGGCUAAUUCCACCCACGGCAGCUACCACCUGCGCAACCUGCAGCCAGGCACAGCCUACUGGGUCCAGUUCGUGGGCAGGAACCACUCAGGGGAACAUGUGCCCUUCUGGAGGGGUGACAUCCACACCAAUGGCACUGCAGUGAUUCUCGUUCAGUCUGUGACCUCCCAGGGCUGGUUCAUUGGCUUCGUUAGCGCCAUUGUCCUGCUGCUGCUUGUCCUGCUUGGUCUCUGCCUCGUUAAGCGCAGCAAGGGGGGCAAGUACUCGGUGAAGGACAAGGAAGACACCCAGGGUGAUUCUGAGGCACGGCCAAUGAAAGACGAGACCUUCGGGGAGUACAGCGACGGCGAGGCAGAGGAGAAGGGCCUGGGCAGCAGUGGGGCAUCGCUGAGUGGGGCAGGGCCAGCGCUUGGCAGCGACGACAGCCUGGCCGACUACGGGGGCAGUGGAGAUGUGCACUUCGCAGAGGACGGCUCCUUCAUCGGGCAGUACAGCGGGCAGGCCCCCCAUGAGGCCCCUGCUCCUGAUGGCAGCUCUGGGCCCCCCAGCCCUGGCCGCCCCCCACCAGGCCUUGAGUAGGGGGGGCUGGCCCAGCCUUACCCCAUCCCUUAGGCUGCACCCCAAGCCUGGCCCACCAUCCCCCUUGCCCCGCCUCCCUGCUCUGGCCUGCCCCCACCUCUUUGGCUCCAUCCCCAACACGUCUCACACAGUCCCAAGCCCCGCCCACCACAGCUCCCGGUUCCACUGGCCUGCCCUCACCUUUUGCUUGACCCUCAACCCUCCUAACUCUGCCCACAGCCCUUUAGUCCCACCUCCAGCUACCCUAGCCCUGCCCACCAUCUCUUUAGUCCCACCUCCCUGCUCUGACGUAUCCUGCCCUUCUUAGCCCUACCCCCAAUCUCCCUAGUACCCCCUCAACUCAUAGCUCUACCCCCAGUGUCCCCACCUCCAAUCCUCUGCUCCUGCCUCAACCCUUUGCCCCACUCACUAGCCCAGCCCUUGCGCUACCCCAGUCCCCGCCCCACCCCCAACCUGUCCAGUCCCCCCUUCAACCUUCAUAGAUACACCUACAGUACCCGUAACCCCACUCCCUGCGUUCCUUAGCCACACCCCAUCCCCUCCUCCCGGACACCUGGGUCCAAUACUCACCCCCUCCCCUCCUGAUUCCCUUCAGGCUUUGGAGGGGCAGGUGGCGGGCAGCGGGUCUCCACCACGGACCCAGGCCAGACUUGGAGGGGCACAGCCCAGUAACCUGGGUUCUCUCCCGUCCCCCUCCCCACGCACACAUUCCCGGGUGCGGAGGGGGGGUCCCCCCAUCUAUGCGCCUCCCAGUAUCUCGGGGCCCUGCCCCCCCCAGCUCAGCUCUGAAUGCAUUUCUCACGCAGCUGCCUUGAUCAGCGCCGGUAACAGCCGAAGACCCCGUCCCCAUGGCCUCCCCCAGAUCCAAAGCCCCACCCCCAACCGUGGUCCCGCCUCCUGGCCCCAACCAGCUUGUUUUUUUAAUACAAAAAAGAAAAAAGACCCAAAAAUUGGCAUAAGCCCCCAACCUUGCCCCGCUUCGCCACGCCCCAACCCCCUUAGUUUCGCGUUCUCUCCCCCUCGCUGUACAUAAGACUCCUUUGUAGCGCCCUGGCCCUGUGGUACUAGCUUAGACAUGGUGUUGCGAGUCCCGCCCCGCCGACCAAGGGGUGGGGCCAAUGUGGUGCUCCGCCCCCCUCACAGCCCUUUUUUCUGUUUAUAGUUAAGGAUGCUUUUGACAACCUGCCCUUCCCUUUGUGGAAGCCCCGCCCUCUGGCCCUGUGGAAUUUCCGCUCACCCUAUUGGCUCUGUCUCACGCGUAUCGAUCGAUGGCUUUUUUUUUAAAUAUAUAUAUGUACAUACGACAACAGAAUUAUACAAAAUAAACCGGGGAAAAAAGAAAACCAAAAA